UCUGGCUGAGCCUAGGGCGGGCGGGGGACCGGUAUAAAGCAGCGGGUGCCUGUGCCUGCUCCACCUCGUGCGCACUGCCUGCUUGAGUCUGUUCUGCCCCCUCCCCACCACUUGGCCACCACCAUGACACUGGACAUCCAGGCCCCUUUCUUCUUCCUGCUGCUGCUAUUCCAAGUGCUUACAGGUGAGGGGCGCAAGACUUCGAGUAUGCAAAGCCCUGCCUCAACCUCUGCUGCCCCUUCGGUUCACGGUGGCACCACACCCGCCAGGCCCAGUGGCGCCUCACCUCCGAGCACCAGCUCAGCCUCAGGCCCGGCUGCCCCUCCGGGCCACGGUGGCACCUCGCCCCGGGCCACCAGUGGCGCCUCACCUCCGACCACCAGCCCUGCCUCAGGCCCGGCCGCCCCUCCGGGCCACGGUGGCACCUCACCCCGGGCCACCAGUGGCGCCUCACCUCCGACCACCAGCCCUGCCUCAGGCCCGGCCGCCCCUCCGGGCCACGGUGGCACCUCGCCCCGGGCCACCAGUGGCGCCUCACCUCCGACCACCAGCCCUGCCUCAGGCCCGGCCGCCCCUCCGGGCCACGGUGGCACCUCGCCCCGGGCCACCAGUGGCGCCUCACCUCCGACCACCAGCCCUGCGUCAGGCCCGGCCGCCCCUCCGGGCCACGGUGGCACCUCGCCCCGGGCCACCAGUGGCGCCUCACCUCCGACCACCAGCCCUGCGUCAGGCCCGGCCGCCCCUCCGGGCCACGGUGGCACCUCGCCCCGGGCCACCAGUGGCGCCUCACCUCCGAGCACCAGCCCUGACUCAGGCCCGGCCGCCCCUCCGGGCCACGGUGGCACCGCGCCCCGGGCCACCAGUGGCGCCUCACCUCCGAGCACCAGCCCUGACUCAGGCCCGGCCGCCCCUCCGGGCCACGGUGGCACCUCGCCCCGGGCCACCAGUGGCGCCUCACCUCCGACCACCAGCCCUGCCUCAGGCCCGGCCGCCCCUCCGGGCCACGGUGGCACCUCGCCCCGGGCCACCAGUGGUGCCUCACCUCCGACCACCAGCCCUGCCUCAGGCCCGGCCGCCCCUCCGGGCCACGGUGGCACCUCGCCCCGGGCCACCAGUGGCGCCUCACCUCCGACCACCAGCCCUGCCUCAGGCCCGGCUGCCCCUCCGGGCCACGGUGGCACCUCGCCCCGGGCCACCAGUGGCGCCUCACCUCCGACCACCAGCCCUGCCUCAGGCCCGGCUGCCCCUCCGGGCCACGGUGGCACCUCGCCCCGGGCCACCAGUGGCGCCUCACCUCCGACCACCAGCCCUGCGUCAGGCCCGGCCGCCCCUCCGGGCCACGGUGGCACCUCGCCCCGGGCCACCAGUGGCGCCUCACCUCCGACCACCAGCCCUGCCUCAGGCCCGGCUGCCCCUCCGGGCCACGGUGGCACCUCGCCCCGGGCCACCAGUGGCGCCUCACCUCCGACGACCAGCCCUGCCUCAGGCCCGGCUGCCCCUCCGGGCCACGGUGGCACCUCGCCCUGGGCCACCAGUGGCGCCUCACCUCCGACCACCAGUCCUGCCUCAAGAUCAUCUUUCAUUCCAGCACACAAGAGCACCUCUUCCAAGGUUACCAUGACCCAAGCCAGCAAGGGCACUCCAUCCUCAGUACCCAGUUCUGAUACUCCCACCAUUUCUGCCAGCCACAUUACCAGGACAAUUGCCAGCAGCACUAACCAGAGCAUAGUACCUCCCACCUCCUCCAAUCAUACAACUUCUCAGCAGUUGCAUAUUUGGGUCUCCCUGUUCUUCCUGUCUUUUCGCAUUACGAACCUCCAGUAUAACUCUUCCCUGGAAAAUCCCAGCACCAGCUACUACCAGAAGCUGCUGAGAAGCAUUUCUGUAUUGUUUGUGCAGACUUAUAAACAAGAGGAUUUUCUGGGCUUCUUAGAUAUCAAGUUCAGGCCAGGAUCUGUGGUGGUAGAAUUAAUUUUGGCCUUCCGAGAGGGUACCACUGCCCACCAUGUGGAGAGACAGCUUGGUCAGCUUGAAGCAGCAGCAGUCAAAUAUAACCUGAUCAUCAGCGGAGUUAGUGUGCGUGAUGUAUCAUCUCCUUCCUCUGCCCAGCCUGGGUCUGGGGUGCCUGGCUGGGGCAUUGCCCUGCUGGUACUGGUCUGUGUUCUGGUUGCCCUGGCCAUCAUUUAUCUCACUGCCCUGGCUGUGUGUCAGUGCAGACAAAAGAACUUUGGGCAGCUGGACCUCUUUCCAAUCCAAGAUGCCUACCAUCCUAUGAGCGAGUACCCCACCUACCACACCCAUGGGCGCUAUGUGCCCCCUGGCAGUACCAAACGGAGCCCCUUUGAGGAGGUUUCUGCAGGCAACGGUGGCAGCACUCUCUCUUACGCGAACCUGGCAGCCACUUCCGCCAACCUGUAGGGGCACGUUGCCUGCUGAGCAUCCAGCCAGUGCCCGACCACCUCCCUGGGUUUCUUCACUGCUGCAGCCCCUGCCUUGCCCCCAACUCUGUUCUGGGCUGGUGAUCUGGGCGUUCAGGUGGGCUGCCCAUAGUCUCCCUCACAGGCCCCACCAAGUCCCUUAACCCAUCUUAGCCCUGGCGAAGCCCAUCCGAGCCCCUGGGGACAAGCCUGAGGCAGUGGCUCCCAGGAGGACUGGCCGGGACAGCUCGGAGAUGGGAGUGGGAACCUGAACAUGGCUGAAUAAAACUCGGGCCUCC